GAUACGAGUGCUUUUAUUUUGAAAGCGAAACCACUUAUCACCAGUUCGCUCGGCUCGACUCGGCUCGACUCGGUCUGAGGAACAAAGCAGCUUCUGCGGCCGUUGUCAGGGUACGAGUGCUUUUAUUUUGAAAGAAAAAACACUUAUCCCCGGUUCGCUCGGCUCGACUCUGCUCGACUCGGUCUGAGGAACAAAGCAGCUUCUGCGGCCGUUGUCAGCUUCGCAGACAUGGAGCCAGAUCUCACCAUCGUGCUGAUUGGAAACUCAGGAGUGGGUAAAAGUGCCUCAGGAAACACCAUUUUAGGUCAGAAGGUGUUUGAGUCCAGAUUGGCCUUCAACCCAGUGACAAAGCAAAUCACUCCAGGAACAUGUGCACCAGUGUUUGGGAAACGCAUCUCAGUGGUGGACACGCCGGGAAUAUUAGACACCAAGGACACGGAGGCAGAGAUCUCAGCGUACUGUCAGGAGCUCCUGCAGUCCAACAGACCCUGUCUGUUUCUGGUGGUGGUCCGAAUCGCCCGGUUCACUCCGGAGGAGGAGCAGGCGGUGGAGGCGGCCAUCAGAGCCCUCGGGCCUCGGGGGAUAAGGAAGAGCUACCUGCUCUUUACGCAUGGAGAUGCCUUGAAGGACAGGAGGCUGCACGAUUUCAUCUUUGAACAGGUGGAUGUUUCACUUCCAAAUGCUGUGAUGAAGUUUGGGGGAGCAUAUCACACCUUCAACAAUGAGCUCCAAGACCCGGAACAAGUCAGAAAUCUGCUGCUGAAGACGGGUUACAUCCGGACACCGGUUCCGGAGGAGCCCGUCAGCCUGGAGGGCCGGAGGAUCGUUCUCCUCGGUCGACCCGGAGGAGGGAAGAGUUCAUCAGGAAACACCAUCCUGGGCUCUGAGGAGUUUAACCCAGACUGUGACUUUGAUACAGUCACUUCUGAGUGUCUCAGUGGAUCAGCAGAGGUGCAGGGUCGUCAGGUCACAGUGGUGGACACUCCAGGAUUCACUGAUGAAGUCCUGUCUCCUGAGCAGCUGUACAUGGAGAUCAUGAAGACGAUACUCAUGGCCCCUCCAGGACCACACGCCUUCGUUAUUGUGGUCAGGAUAGGAAGAGUCUCUGAAGCCGACAUCAAACUGUUUGAACUUCUGCCCAAACUGUUCGGCACAGAUGCUUCGAAGUACACCAUGGUGCUGUUCACCCACGGAGACGAGCUGAGGGGUCAGUCCAUCGACCAGAAAGUGAAAAACAGCAGGUCCAUGUCCGAGCUGGUGUCCAUGUGUGGAGGGAGGUACUGUGUGUUUGACAACAAUCAGAGAGGAAACACUCAGCAGGUUAGAAACCUCCUGAAUAAAGUCGAUGAGAUGGUGACGGAGAGCGGAGGAACUCACUGCACCUCUGAGAUGUUCGCGAUGGCUGAGACCUUCAUCAGAGCGGAGAGGAACCUCUCCGCUCCACGUGGAACCCGGCCUCAAGGUGUGGUGACGUUCAUCAGAGAGCAGAAGAACCUCUCAGGUGGAUUCUGGCAAAGAAUCUGGCAAAAAAUCAAGCCAUAUAUGUCGAUAGUGUUUGGUGCGGUGGUAGGUGCGUUUGUUGGUGCUUUAGCAGGUGGGUUGGCUGGUGGGUUUGCUGGUGCGGCGAUAAGUAGGGGGGGAGUUGUGGCGGUCAGUGCAGCGAUAAGUAGGGGGGGAGGUGUGGCGGUCAGUGCAGCGAUAAGUAGGGGGGCAGGUAAGGCGGUCAGUGGGAUGUUCGGUGUGUUGCCAGGACGGAUGCAAAGGUGGUGAGGUGGCAGGUCGGGGCCUCAGCUGUUUCUUCACCUCUGAUUAGUGUGAGUGUUCAACAUUCAUCGUUACUGUUAUUGAAUGAAAUAGCAGAAAUGCAUUAAUACUGAUGCUGAUCCAUUGAUAAUUAUUAGUGAGCAUCACAGAAACAAGUGAACUUAUCUUUAUAUCCAGUUGAUGAAAGUGAAAUAGGUUGUUUGUUCAAUUAAACAUGUCUGAUCAAUAAAUUUAGAUUUUACCACAAA